AGCUCGAUUCGCGGCUGGCUGGGUGUUCAGUUGACCUUGGUAUCUAUGUCCCUUCCCUAGUCAAUUGCACCAUGGAUAGUCCAAUCACCAUGCUCCUUUCUUCGCACGCGUCGCCGCCCUUCUCCCCGCUGGCUCGUCGUAUGUACACCCGAGAUCGCUCCGCGACCUUGGCAAUUGACUCACGACCACUAACCUUGCCACACCGACCGCAACCCCCCACCCCUCUCCUCCCCCUGCAUGCGCGGACCUUCCGCGAAUGUAACCCGCGGCGUUAUCUUCGUUCGCGCGCACACUCGAGCAUCCACCCUCAUCUUCGCAUAACCGAAAACUCUUCCGUUUAUUCCGGCGCCAGGGAUGCGGGGAGCCAUCACCCGUCCACCCACUCGGGUGGCGCGCCAGCCGCGCGGAGCAGUACUACCUACGAGAGCAUAAACUUAAACAACGACGGCGUUUUUUUCGACGCCAUCGGCGAUGGGUGUAACGACAACGGCAGCGACGAGGCAGCGAGUAAUUCCGUCGAACUUCGCGCGGCGCGCGCGUCCCGGCGAUCGCUCCUGCACCUACCGCUGCUGCUCGCCCUUCCGCCCCUCUCCACCCUCUCCCACGCCUCCUUCCCGCUAAUCCCGCAAGCGGAAGCUGCAGAGACGGCAGCCGCGAGCAGCGGCAGCAGCAGCAACAGCAGCAGCAGCAGCAGCAGCAGCAGGGGUGGCGCGUUUUCGGAGGUGGAAGGCGGGGUGCAAGUGGCGGACAUACGGCAGGGCGCGGGAGCCAUGCCCGUGGACGGGCAGACGGUGGCGGUGCACUACUAUGCGCGGCUGGGCGCGAAGCAGGGGUGGCGCUUCGACAGCACGUUUGAGCACCGCGAUGCCGAUGGGGAGGCGAUUCCGUUCGAGUUCGUCGUUGGGUCACCCAAGGUCAUUCAGGGGCUGAGCAUUGCCGUGCGUGGCAUGAGGGUGGGUGGCGUGCGGAGAGCCAUCAUCCCUCCCAACGUGGCAUACCAAACCAGGGAGGAUCUGCCGCUUCCCCCCAGAUAUUCUGACAGGCAGCGCCUGUUCACGACUGUGUUUAAUCCCACUCGCCUGGCUAACGGCGAAGGGUCGUCCCUCGGCACAGUUAUAUUUGACAUCCAGCUGCUGGGUAUCCGAAACCCAGUGUAGUUGGCCCUCCCUGGUGGAACAUUGAAGUGACUGUACUAUGUGUGUCUGGCCGCUAUAGCGAGUGCCACGAUAUGUUUCCCUUACCAUUAUAUUCUCACGGGUUCCAUCAUGGAACCAGUAUGUAACUAGCUUA